UCAGAAUUGAGGUCAGAUGUCGCAAGGUCGUUAAAAAAGACAACUGAUAGAAACUUGAUAAGUGUUAAGGCGUAGAAAUGAUCUAGAAAACAAAUUAAGCUGCGACAGUCGUUCGAUUUCAAUACAGUAUAAAGGUUUCAAAUAGUACUCAAAGCAGAACACAACAUACAUACAUAUUUGUCGCUGCAAUUAGACCAUUUGGAAAAAAUAGAACAAUGACGCAGGUGUUCAUAAACGGAGCCACGGACGCAGCCAAUGUGCGGGAGCAUGACAGCCUAGAUGCCUCCAUACAGGAGCUGAUUCGUGCUGCUGCAGAGGCACGCAAUUACGCCUAUUGCCCAUACAGUAAUUUUGCAGUUGGCGCUGCCAUACGAACGAGCGACGGCUCCAUUUACACUGGCUGCAAUAUCGAAAAUGGCGCCUAUGCCGCCAGCAUAUGUGCGGAAAGAACGGCGGCGGUGAAAGCCCUAAGUGAGGGCAAACGUCAGUUUGUGGCUUGCGCGGUUGUGGCACAGCAGGACAAUGGCUUUACAACGCCCUGUGGAGUCUGUCGACAGUUUCUAGCCGAGUUCGCCAGCAACGGCCGGGAUAUAGCCCUGUACGCAGCGAAGCCCACCAACCUACCGCUCCGUGUACUCUGCACCAGUGUGCUGCAGCUGCUGCCAAACGGCUUCAGCUUUUCCAGUAGCAAGUGAAGCGCAUACCUUCAACGAUUUUAUACCAUGUGCAAUAUUUUAUGUGAAUAGCGUUACCCUAGAUGUUUAUGCCCUAUGAAUUACUUUGUGUGAAUACCCGCAUUUGAAGCGAGUUGCUACUGUGAAGCAACCCUCUUCUGAUGUCGUAUGUACCAUUACAAUACACUCGCAUUCAAACACUUA